ACCUCACAGCAGCAAGGAAACCUAGUCACUAGUAAGCAACUGAAGCUGUGUGAUCCAGUAUGGCGAGUUCAGCAACGUCGAGGAUCCUGGCUCUCGGGCUGGCGCUCCUCUUCGCCGCCGGCCUGGCAGCCGCGCAGAACGUGGCUAGCGUCGUCACCGACGCGUUCUUCAACAGCAUCAAGUCCCAGGACAGCGGGUGCGAGGGCAAGAACUUCUACACGCGAAGCGCGUUCCUGAACGCCGCCAACGCGUACCCGGGCUUCGCGCACGGUGGCUCCGAGACCCAGGGCAAGCGCGAGAUCGCCGCCUUCUUCGCGAACGUCGCGCACGAGACCGGACGCCUCUGCUACAUCAGCGAGAUCAACAAGAGCAACAGCUAUUGCGACCCGAACAACAGGCAGUGGCCGUGCGUCUCGGGGAAGAAGUACUACGGGCGCGGCCCUCUGCAGAUCUCGUGGAACUACAACUACGGGCCGGCGGGGAAGAGCAUCGGCUUUGACGGGCUCGGGAACCCAGACAAGGUGGCGCAGGAUCCCACGAUCUCGUUCAAGACGGCGCUCUGGUUCUGGAUGAACAACGUGCACGGGGUGAUGCCGCAGGGGUUCGGCGCCACCAUCAGGGCCAUCAACGGCGCGCUCGAGUGCAACGGCAAGAACCCCGGCGCCGUGAGCUCGAGGGUGAACUACUACAAGCAGUACUGCCGGCAGCUCGGCGUCGACCCGGGGAGCAACCUUACCUGCUAGGCGUCGACGGGUCCAUGCUGCAUGAAUAAAGCUCUGCGUCGCGCAUUCGUGAAACCCCAGGGUGUUUAUUAGCGAGUACGUGUACUAGUAGUAAUAAUAAAACGCUGGAGCUAGGCCUGUUUAUUCGGCCUGAAUAAUGAAGCAGUUGUAAUAUGCAGAUUGCCUCAAACACUUUAAAGAGACCGAAGCUAUUAUUAACAACCAAA